AUGUCGGCCUUCACAACUUUAUUAAAUGAAAUAUCUCGCCAAUUAACGAUCUACGUUGGACUGUUUGUGUUUAUAUUUGGUACAGUUGGUUCAUUAUUAAAUAUUUACAUAUUUUCAUCAAAAAAAUCGUUUCGAUCAAAUUCAUGUACAGUGUUUUUACUUUAUGCAUCUGUCUACGACUUACUAUAUUUAUUCAAUGCAGUAUUACCACGAAUAUUAACUGCUUUUAACAUUGCUCCAACAACGACAUCAAGGGUUUAUUGUAAAUUAAAAUUUUAUUUUACAUUACAAUUUUCAUUAGCAGCAAUUACAUUUGUUCUUUUAGCAGCAGUCAGUCGUUGGUUGUGUUCGUGUCGUAAUGCGAGAUAUCGAGAAUGGUCGAAAAUCAAAAACAUACGGUUAUCAAUUUUUAUUACAGUUAUUUCCUGUAUGGUAACACAGGCACCCGCUUUAAUUUAUUAUGAUAUUCUGAAUAACAAGUGUGGGUCAAUAUCAACAGCUUUUUCAUUUUAUGUGUCUUAUUUUUUAAGUUUCAUUCAAUUUGCAGUUUUACCGAUCAUUCUACCAGUUUACUUUGGUGUUAGGACAUACAAAAAUCUUCGUCAACGAACUGCUCCUGUUGUAAGAGCUAUCACCGUUCAACAUGGGAUUAGUAUUCGUCAACGUAUUGAAAAUCAAUUGACGACAAUGUUACUAUUACAAAUAUGUGCUGCAACUUUAUUCAGCGCACCAUAUGCGGCACAAUUAAUCUAUUCAAACAUUACAAUGUAUGUAGCAAAAGAUUUACUACGUAUGGCACAAGAAAAUUUAUUUGACACAAUUGUUCGUCUUCUACUCUACCUUAAUAAUGCUUGUAGAUUUUAUAUUUAUUUUAUAUCAUCACGUGAAAUUCGAAAAAUAUUUAUUCAUUAA